CUCUCCAACUCUUUGGGUUAGAGAGAGAAACAGAAGCACAAAUGCCCUGAUUCAACAACGUGUCUGUUAUAGUUGUCUCUGUUCAUGUUCAGUUAGCCCUCUUUUCCCCUUCAUCGAUUUCAAAGACUUCAAAUUUUGCAGAGAAAGAGUUUUUUUUUUGGGGGGGUUGAAUUUUGGUAGGUGAAAGUGAAAUGGCAAGCUCAGUGGAGAAGGAGGGUGAGGAGGUUGUGUCCUUAGAACUACCAGCUCCUUCGGGUUGGGUUAAGAAGUUUCUGCCCAAGCAAAGUGGAACUCCUAAGAAAAAUGAGAUCAUAUUUACAGCUCCAACGGGAGAGGAGAUCACCAACAAAAGACAGUUGGAACAGUACCUGAAAGCACACCCUGGGGGUCCUGCAGUAUCAGAAUUUGAUUGGAGCACUGGUGAGACACCAAGGAGAUCAGCAAGGAUUAGUGAGAAGGCCAAAGCAACUCCACCACCAGAAAGUGAGCCCCCAAAGAAGCGAAGCAGAAAAUCAACUUCGGCAAAGAAGGAUAGCAAAGAAAAGCAAGCUGGUCCUGAAGGAGCCGAGGAGACAAAAAUUAGUGAUGUGCAAGCUGCUGAAAAAGCUGAGAAGGUUGAAGAUACUGAGAUGGAAAAGGAUGAUGUGAAGGACAACCAAGAUGAGGAAAAAGCACCAGAUGCAGACACCAAGACAGAAGUAGCGCAACCUGAAGAAACAAAAGUUGAACAAGAAGCUAACAUACCGGGCGAUGCUGAAGAGUGCAAGAAAACUAGCAAAGCAGGUCCAGAAGAUUCAAAAGCAUCCAUUGAUGGAGGUUCUGGUUUUGGAAAACAAACCGAAAAAGAAAAUGCGGAAGGGGAAAAAGUAGAAGAGAAGGGCGAGCAACCACAGGUUGAGGUAGGGAAAGAGGAAGAGACAGGGGAUCAGGGCAAAGCCAAAAUUGCUAUUGUUGAUGAGGACAAACAUGAAGUAGAAGGAGAAGAAAAAGAGAAACAUAACGAAGUUGCUAUUGAAACUGAAGUAGAAAUCGAGGAGAAAGAAGCAGCAAAAGGGAACACUGAGGGAAAAAAUAGUUCAGGUGUUCAUGAAGCGGGCAAGAAGGUUGAAGGAGAAGUGAUUGAGAAUGGCGGCCCAGGCAAUGAAGCUUGAUGGUUUGCUGAAUGGCACCGGUUUCUCGUCCAGCAUUCUGACCCUUUCACAUUUCUGAGAAAAUCAUUAGUUUCAGUGUUGUUAAUUUUAGCUAUCUGAUUGUUCAUUGAAGCAUCCGUCUAUAGGAUCAUUAGAUUAGGCCUAUAAUGUACCAUCCUUUUGUUGUACUAGAGAGAAUGUAGCUGUCAGUGACCUCUGUAACAUUAUGGUGUAAAAUACUGGUGAUGUAAUACUAUUAUGCAGCCCUGUAUUAUUGUAGUGAUGUUAAGAACUCGUUUCACUUUUGAAGCCCAUGCUUGAGAUGACCUGAUCUA